ACUGUAUGUGUGCGUAUAAAAUAUAGACGACAGUCGACUAUUUAGGUGCUAACUAUGGGUGGAUUAAUGAGAUAUGGUGAACUAGGAGAACAAUUUGGUCAGAUUUCAGAAACUACAAUUGAAGAGAAGAUCCCAUUUCUGCAAAUGCUUCAAUGCAUAGAACACCCUUAUACAACAACAGAACCAAAUCAGUUUCUCCAAUCACUUCUCCAGAUCCAAACCCUAGAAUCAAAUAGCUGUCUCACCCUUGAAACCACCAUCAAAACAGAUCCGGGUCAAACAGAUGACCCGGAAAAGGAUCCAAGAACAGAAAACGGAGCAGCAACGGUCAAAGAAAAGAGAAAACGGAAACGUACAAGAGCUCCAAAGAACAAAGACGAAGUUGAAAAACAAAGGAUGACUCACAUUGCCGUCGAACGUAAUCGAAGACAACAAAUGAACGAACACUUAAACUCUCUCCGAUCUCUUAUGCCUCCUUCGUAUAUUCAACGGGGUGAUCAAGCUUCGAUAGUAGGAGGCGCAAUAGAUUUCAUCAAGGAACUGGAGCAACUUUUGCAAUCUCUAGAAGCUGAGAAACGAAACGAUGGAACUAAUGAAACUCCUAAAACGGCGUCGUGUUCUUCAUCUUCGUCUCGUGCAUGCACUAACUCUUCUGUUUCUAGCGUCUCUACGACGUCGGAAGAUGGAUUUACGGCGAGAUUUGGCGGCGGAGAGACGGCGGAAGUGGAAGCUACGGUGAUACAGAACCAUGUGAGCUUAAAAGUUCGGUGUAAGAGAGGAAAAGGACAGAUCUUGAAAGCUAUCGUCUCGAUUGAAGAACUAAAGCUUGCGAUUCUACAUCUCACUAUCUCUUCUUCUGUUGACUUUGUCAUCUACUCUUUUAAUCUCAAGAUAGAAGAUGGUUGUAAAUUAGGAUCAGCAGAUGAGAUAGCGACAACCGUUCAUCAGAUCUUCGAGCAAAUCAACGGUGAAGUGACCACAUGUGGUCAAAUCUUAGUCGAACUUAGUUGAAUUUUGACUCCAAGUUAUGUGUGUAACCCUAAGAAGAAUAACUAAAGAGGUAAAAGUUUG